GAUAGUUGACAGGUGCUACCAGUCUUUGUUGGUAAAUAUCAAUGGACACAUCCAAAUCCAAGCAUACUUUGAUCCCCAGUGUGUGGCUGACAUCCAUGAUGACCGAGUAUAUAAGAGAUCUGAUUGCAGCUUGGUGGCAUUCACGGUCGUGCCGUUCUCCAGGCUGUCUGGUUCUCCAAUUUAAUCCAUACAUUCAUCAUGUGGUAUUUGUCAUUGCUAUUAACUCUCUCAGUAGUGAGCUGCGAUCCUUUUGAAACAGUUUUUUCAUGGAAACAAGUGGCCUAUAACUUCCCAAAUGAUUCAGUGCUCAAUGCUUACAAAGCUUCUGACGAUUACAUUGAGGGUAACAACGUGCCACUUGGCAUGAAUGUUUGGGGCGAUAAACUCUUCAUCACCGUACCACGUUGGAAGAAAGGAGUUGCGUCUAAUUUGAAUUACAUCAGCCUUAGCGAUGCUGCUUCAGCUAAAGAUACAUCGCCAUUACUCAAUCCUUAUCCCGACUGGGAAUCCAAUGAUAUCCAUUCACCUGAUGCCCUCGUCAACAUCCUCAGGGUCAGAGUUGAUGCGUGUGAUCGAUUAUGGGGAGUUGAUAGUGGGGUCGAUGAUAUUCUUGGAGAGUUUAAGCAAGUACAACCUAAAAAACUUAUUGCAAUCGAUUUGAAAACUAAUAAGAUUAUUUUGAAAUACACGUUUAAAGAUUCUGACAUUAAAUCAGACACUUUCUUUGCUGACACCGUGAUUGAUGUUGAUCCUAAAAACUGUUCUGAUGCUUACGUUUACAAUUCAGAUUUAGGAGCUUAUGGACUUGUCGUCUAUAGCUUGGCAAAAAAUGAUUCUUGGAGAAUUUCGCACAACUACUUCCAUAUAGAUCCUCUGAAUAGUGAUUUCAAUGUAAGCGGCUUGACCUUCCAAUGGACUGAUGGAGUUUUUGGAUUAGCUCUGAGUCCACCUAAAGAAGACGGCAGUAAGACUCUUUACUUCCAUUCCAUGGCUGGCAUUCAUGAGUUUUAUGUAUCUACAAGUAUUCUAAAAAAUCAAACUGCACUCGCUGAUCCUCGCGUUUGGACUGAAUUCCAUAUCGCUGGCAAUAAAGGACCAAUGACCCAAGGAACGUCUUCUAUGUAUGAUCCUGAAACUGGAAUUAUUUACUUUGCACUAGUCAAUAAAAAUGCAGUGGCUUGUUGGGAUACAAAAAAAGAACUUAAUCCUGACAACUUCCGAAUUGUUGCUAAGAAUGAAGAAACAUUGGUCUUCCCCAAUGAUAUCAUCAUCGAACCAAAAACCAGGAAAUUCUAUUGUCUUGCUGAUAAGCUUCCAAUAUUUAUGUAUAGUAAAUAUAAUAUUGAGAGUACUAAUUUCUACAUUCAUUCGGCUUCAUUAGAUGAUUUAACAGCCAUUUGUAGAAAUGAAAAAAAGGAGUAAGAGUCACAAAAUGAUUUUAAUAUUUUAAAUUCUGCAAGAACACUCCUUAAGCCUUGAAAAAAGGAUGUGGCAGAAUGAUUUAUACUAUCACAAUUAUACAUUAUACAUCACCAUGUUGAUUUUUAUUUUUUUUAUUGAUAUGAAACCUGUUAUAAUAGUAUUAUCAAAUAAUUAUGAAUUACUGGUUUUAUAAUUAAAUAUAUUAUACUUUGGUAUAUAAAUAUAUACUCAUUUAUAAGA